AUGGAUUCUCCCAUCAGCGCUGAUUCCAUGCUGGCGGAAAUUCAGAUGGAGUCUUUGCAGAAUUUGCUUACGGCCAUCCGUCAUGAAACAUCGCCCCUUGGUACUCACAUCUCGACCUUGGAUGAGAGCACCAGAGCUGGCUUGAUGCUACCCAACUUCAGUCGUGGAGACGUUAUCGAAGUUCAAGGACCUGCCGCCAGCGGAAAAACUCAUCUGCUUUACUCUAUGCUCAUGACUUGCAUUUUACCUUCUGAGUUUAUGGACAUUAAGCUUGGUGGUUGGGGGAAGGCGGCCGUGCUUCUCGAUACUGAUGACUCUUUCGAUAUUAGUCGAUUUCACCAAUUGCUGGCAUCUCGUGUCUGCAACAUACUUGAUACGCCAAUUUCCCCUAGUUAUGUGGGAUCGUCCUCUCCUGCAGAAGACUUGGCCAUGCAAUGUCUGCAAAACCUGCACAUCUUUCGCCCGACUUCCUCUCUUCAACUUGCCGCCACUAUCUCAUAUCUGUCGGAAUAUCAUCUCACUCAUCCUGCCCUUCAAUCUAGAGAAAUAGGGUUUGUCGCAGUCGACUCUCUGAGUAGUUUCUACUGGAACGAUCGUUUCGCUGUGGAACAAUUGCGUGCGAAUAAUGGAUCUGGCGCACGCUCUCCCAAUCCCCUGCACCAUGUACUAGCUGCUCUUCAGAGGCUCCGCACCUCCCAUGGCGCAGUAAUUCUUUUGACUAAUUGGGGCCUCAAUCCUCUUACUCCAACUCGUGCUGGGGAGCCAGUUUCCCCUUUCUACAGGCAGCAUCUGUACCCUUUUCCAAUACCCACUGACUCAUCUCAAUCCACUCGACACUCGCCGAUCCUUAAUCAUGCAGCCUUUCUGGGACAACGACAGUCAGUCAGUCUUGAUUGGACGAUGCCUUCAGCUGACCAGCCGCUUCCUCUCACCGCUCACAUCACGCUGAGGCCCUUAUUUAUCCAACCAUUUCCAUCAGACAUUACAUUACGUGAUGCGAAGCAAGAAGAAGGAUCGAGACGAGCGAUAUUAAUGAAAAGCGGGGUGCAAGGCCUUGUCAGGAUACCAGGGAAAACAGCAAUAGGAGACCUGUCUGUUUAUAUCACAGACCUGGACAUUCUCGUAUCGCAGUCUGGGGAUAACUCAGAAGAUUAA